CUUUGGAAUUGCGGCUUCAAAAUAAUACACACUUUCGUCAUUUAAAGAGGGAAACAAGUUUUUUUCCUGAGAAUAUUUCUUGAUUUGCACUCUGCUUAACAAUGCCUGCAGUACGAGGAGAGGGUAUGCGUGGACUUGCAGUUUUUAUUUCUGACAUACGAAAUUGUAAAAGUAAAGAAGCAGAGAUAAAACGUAUCAACAAAGAACUGGCAAAUAUUCGGUCAAAAUUUAAAGGGGAUAAAGCAUUAGAUGGUUAUCAGAAGAAAAAAUAUGUAUGUAAAUUAUUAUUUAUAUUUUUGUUGGGCCAUGACAUUGAUUUUGGUCAUAUGGAAGCUGUAAAUCUUCUUAGUUCCAAUAAAUACUCAGAGAAACAAAUUGGAUACCUGUUUAUAUCUGUAUUAAUGAAUGCAAAUAAUGACCUGAUGCGAUUAAUUAUUCAGUCUAUUAAAAAUGAUCUCACUUCUCGUAAUCCUAUUCAUGUGAAUUUAGCCCUUCAAUGCAUUGCUAAUAUUGGUAGUAGAGAAAUGGCUGAAACAUUUGGAUCAGAAAUUCCAAAAUUACUUGUGUCUGGAGAAACAAUUGAUCUAGUUAAACAGAGCGCUGCACUUUGUCUGCUCCGUUUGCUACGUACCAUGCCUGAAAUUAUACCUAGCGGAGAAUGGACUACUCGAAUCAUUCACCUUUUAAAUGACCAGCACAUAGGUGUAGUAACAUCGGCAGUAGGCUUGAUUAAUGCUUUCGUGAAGAAGAAUCCGGAGGAAUAUAAAGGUUGCGUAAGUUUGGCAGUUUCCAGGCUUAGUAGAAUUGUAACUGCAUCAUACACAGAUUUACAAGAUUACACAUAUUAUUUUGUACCAGCUCCUUGGCUCUCUGUAAAAUUAUUGCGCCUUCUGCAGAAUUAUCCGCCACCUGAAGAUGCUGGUGUUAGAGGUCGUUUGAUUGAAUGCCUCGACACUAUUUUGAAUAAAGCUCAAGAACCACCAAAGUCAAAGAAAGUACAGCAUUCUAAUGCCAAAAAUGCAGUCUUGUUUGAAGCUAUUAGUUUAAUAAUUCAAAUGGAUAGUGAACGAAAUCUUCUCAUCCGUGCAUGUAAUCAAUUGGGUCAAUUUUUACAACACAGAGAAACGAAUCUGAGGUACCUUGCUCUGGAAAGCAUGUGCUUGUUAGCAACUUCAGAAUUUUCUCAUGAUGCUGUGAAAAAGCAUCAAGAAACUAUUAUAAAUGCAUUAAAGACCGAAAGAGAUGUUAGCGUUCGUCAGAAAGCUGUCGACCUAUUGUAUGCUAUGUGUGAUAAAAGCAAUGCAGAAGAAAUUGUUGGGGAAAUGUUGUCAUAUUUGGAAACUGCCGAUUAUUCAAUUCGGGAAGAAAUGGUUCUGAAAGUUGCUAUCUUGGCUGAGAAAUAUGCAUCAGAUUACACUUGGUAUGUUGAUGUAAUUUUGAACUUGAUACGCAUUGCAGGAGAUUAUGUCAGUGAAGAAGUAUGGUGCAGAGUUAUCCAAAUUGUCAUUAAUAGAGAUGAUGUUCAAGGCUAUGCUGCCAAAACGGUGUUUGAAGCUUUACAAGCUCCUGCCUGUCAUGAAAACAUGGUGAAAGUUGCUGGCUACAUCUUGGGUGAAUUUGGAAACCUCAUAGCUGGUGACCAAAGGUCUAGUCCCUUGAUUCAGUUUCAGCUUCUACACUCCAAAUAUCAUCUCUGUUCUGCAGCAACGAGAGCAUUGCUUUUAACUACAUAUAUCAAGUUUAUAAACCUGUUCCCAGAAAUAAAGCAUGAAAUUCAAAUUAUUUUGAAAAGCGACAAUAACAUAAGAAGUGCCGAUGCUGAAUUACAACAGCGCACGGUAGAAUAUCUUCAACUCAGCACCAUUGCUACAUCUGAUGUUUUAGCAACUGUCUUAGAAGAGAUGCCCCCUUUCCCAGAAAGAGAAUCAUCUAUUCUAGCAAUCUUGAAGAAGAAAAAACCUGGUGUUGCGGAAGGUUUGCCCCCAAAUGCUGUUACCAAAGAACAUCCUGCAUUAUUUAAUAACAAUACCACAAACAGCAUUGAGAUGAAUAAUUCUCAACCUGCCACUACUGGUGAUCUCUUAGGAAUUGCAAGUUCUCCAACAGCGCCUCAGCCACAUGCUGCCCCUACAACAAAUGAUCUUUUAGUUGACGUCUUUGGCGACCUUGCUCCUAACACUCCCUCAUCCCCUACACUAGCUCCAGGUGCUGUUGUAAUUUCAAAUGAAGAAGGCCUUUACAAGUUGGUGUGUAAAAAUAACGGCAUUCUGUUUGAAAAUGAUUUACUUCAAAUUGGAGUCAAAAGUGAAUUCAGGCAAAAUUUAGGACGAAUUGGUCUUUUUUAUGGAAAUAAAACACCAUUACAGUUUCAUAGUUUCACAUCAAAUGUUUCUUGUUCAGAUACAUUAAGCAAAAGAAUAAAUAUUCAGUUUAAACCUGUUGAAUCAACUAUAGAUGCUGGAGCUCAAGUGCAACAACAGUUGAAUGUUGAAUGUAUUGAUGAUUUUAGUGAAAAACCUGUGUUAACAGUGCAAUUUAUGUAUUCAAAUGUUCUCCAAAAAUUAAAUAUGAAGCUACCAGUUAUUAUUAAUAAGUUUUUUGAACCUACUAUCAUGAAUUCUGAAGCUUUUUUCACCAGGUGGAAAAACUUAAACAACCCUUCCCAAGAAGCACAAAGAAUAUUUAAAGCCAAAUAUCCUAUGGACACUGAAAUUACGAAGACAAAAUUGAGUGGUUUUGGUUUUCAGCUGCUGGACGGCAUUGAUCCUAAUCCAGAUAAUUUUUGUUGUGCUGGCAUUAUUCAUACAAGCGCUGUUCAAGUCGGCUGUCUGUUGAGACUAGAGCCCAAUCGCCAAGCCCAGAUGUAUCGGCUGACUGUGCGAACAAGUAAAGAUUCAGUAUCUAAAGAAUUAUGUGAACUUUUGAUUGAUCAAUUUUGAAGUUAUGAAGACACCAAGAAUUGUUGCACUAUAUUUAUUUUAUCGUGUGUUUUAGGAAUUGAAAAAAUUAAACUGAUUGUUAGAAUUGUGUAUUUGGACCGGGAGCAAAUAGUAAAAGUGCUUGUGAUCGAGUAACACAUAUACACAAUUUUGUUCCUGAUCAGUGUAAAUUUGUGUAGGCAUAAGGACAUAGAUUUUGUGUUUAAGAAGGGAAACUUGAAAAUAAGUUGGCAGAUGUUGCAGUUGAUUAGAAAUAUAAAAUAUUAUCAAUGCUAGGAAAUUGCAACUUCAUUUAUAUUCUUCCUUUUGUCCACCCUUAGAACUGAUGUGGCACAAGACUCUGUGUUUGCUCCCUUUUUAUUCUUGAUUUAUAUCCUCUUAAUCUGUGAUGAUCAUACCAAUCUCUAGUAAAAAUGCCAAAUGAGGCUAAAAUUAAACUCAAAAAUAACUUUUUCCUCUAUUAUCCAAUGGAUUGAAAACUGGAAGCUCACAAUUGUCCCUGAAAAAAGUGUUGUCAUCAAUUUUUUCAGAAAAAAAAUCUCCAAACUUCCACUUUGCAUGGAAAAAUUAUUCCUGGAAUAAUGAAAUUAAAUUCCUUAGCAUCAUUUCACAAGCAACUUCAUCUUCAAAAUCAUAUGAAUAACCAAAAAAAGAAACCUUUUUAGUUUUUAAAUUAUCCUAAAGCCAUGGCCAAUAAUAACAAAAGUAUCAGGACCAAUAACAUUAUUAUUAUUGAGCAAUGUCUCAUUGGAGGUUUGAUUGACUUUGGUGCUACUAUGUAUGAUGCUGCAAGCAAUAGGAGUUCAAGUUUUGUAUAACAGUGAGCUUCGCUGGGAUCUGGGUCUUCCUCCAUUGGGCUUCUCUCCCUGUCAUAAAUGGAGAAGCUAAAGAGAGUCUUAUUAAAGAUUGGCGCAUGUCCAUGAUCGAUAAAUUUGCCAUACGCCACAUUUCUCUCGACUUGAUGUCUCUCAUACAUAGCAAAACCAAAGAAAGCAAAAUUGACAGUCACUAUAAAAAAAAAAACAUAUUUUUACUAUCCUUUACGAGUUCCUCUUGACCAAAAAUACUCAUCACAGUAAAAUAAUUUUUAAAAAAGUACCAAAGAUGGUCUUCAUAGAUUGAAAAAUCUUUCAAUUAUUCUGGAUGGACUUCCUUUCUGGGACAAGGAUGUUAUUCCAGUCACCACUUGCUCCCUUUUUACUGAAUACAUCCAUAACAGUAUCAAGAGCAAUAUCAUUUUAUGCACCGAUGUUGCCAAUAACAAUAAUUUUACUAGCACUAAUGCUAUUAACAUUACACAGAAGAUUGAAAAAGCUGUCAUAAUUAACAAAAACACUGCUAUCUUCACUGCUGAAGCUCUUGCCAUCUCGCUAAUUUGUUUCCAGUAAUGAGAAUUACGUCAUCUUCACUGACGGCAAAUCCAACUCUAGUGCUUCUUUCCUUUAACCUCGAAUCUCACUCUGCUGUUUUUUUUUUUUUUUUAAACCUUAGAAGCAGUUUUUGAUGUUCUGAAUAAAUUGACUACACUCAUCUGAGUUUCUGACCAUCUCCAUUGAUGGACGUGUUAACAGUCUGGCUAAGAAGGAUCUUUCAACAGUUCUUUCAUCUGUUAGUGUCUCUGAAUACAUCGUUUCUAUGAGUAAAGGGGAGGAAAGGUGAAGAUCAAUGUUGAUUAUAUUAGCAACACAUAUACCAUAUGACUAUAACCUAACCAUAGGACUCAACUUGGUCAAAACUAUAUUAAGUAGAUAGAUAAAUGAUAGAUAAUAGAAAAAUGUUAGUUCUAAUUAUUAGAUUAUGAACCAGGUACUAAAUAACAUCCUUCAUUGUUUUAACUGUAGCAAUAGUCCUCUUGGCACCUUUUGAUCCAAACUAUUGAGCAUAUUCCCCUCAUUUGACCAAGAUUUGUUUUUCCCUUUUUACCAGUCUCAGUAUUUCAGCUAAUGAAGUUUCCUUUCGUGCCAAUUCUCCAGUUUGCUAAAUUGUUCGUCUGUGUAUGCUUUCUGUGCCUUUAUUGCCCUUUCUGAUGGUUUGGGUGUCUCUCUCAAUCACUCGAUCAAGAAAGUUCAUAGUAUUUAAAUUUUGAAAUUUAUGUUCACAUAACUUGUAGAAAAUGUAAAGUAUUAAGGAAAGUGCUAAAAGAGUUUGAAAUUUUUUAAACAGUAUAAAAUGAACUGACUAAAAAGUUCAAUUUUUUUUUUCCACUGUUUGUUAACAUCAGUUAUGAUUAAAUUUCAUUAUUCUUUUAUAUUUUCUUGUAAAGAGUACUGUACAGCAGAUAGAAGGAAAUCUUUUAUCUAAGACACUUGUUUUGGAGGUUACAAGAAACUCCAUUUUUAAUGCAAAAGCGGGACAAAAUGACAUCCAACAAAAGCGAGUUCGUUUACCCCUGUUUUUAUGUGUUUAUAGCGUACUAGCAUGUCAUCUAUAUUUAAUUUGAUUCCAAUCAUAUGCAUUUGUAUUAAAUUGGUUUUAUAGCACGUUAUGAAAGCUGUUAUUGAAGUAAUAUUUGUAAUAUAAUAUUUUUAUAUUUUAAAAUAUAUCAAUUUCAAGCUUAGUUAUAUUAAUAAUCACAAAAUUUUCUAGAGUAUUUUUGAAUCAAAAAAAUUUGAAAAAAUCUGAUUUAAAUGAAAAAAAUCUGAUUUUUUUGACCUAUUCAAAAAAUUAUUUUUUUACUCUGCUUUCUACUAUAAAUAGCUACGAUUUGAUUGGUUCUAAACCAUUUAUGGAUAGGAAUACUUAUGUAGUUUUGUAGUAGGCUGUUUUAAAAAAUAAUCAUUAAUUUGGAAAAAGAAACUUUUCACAUUUUUGCUGCAUGUUUGAUGUCCUCAAAAUAAAUUUUAAUUCAUGAAAAAUGUUUUCAAAAUUUCUAUUCAUUAUUUCUUUACAUUUUAUUUUUGAGCAGGAUUUUUAUUCUGGAUGUUAAAACAGCUGUGUGCUAUCUAAAUAGUAAUAAUAUCUACCUAGUUUUUCAUCAAUUUUCAGAAGAAGCUUUUGCUCUAUAAGUAUUUGACUAAUUGAUUGAAACUUAAUUAGUUUUUUGUGACUUGAGUAUGAUGAUUGAGAAUAUUGUUUAAGAUACAUGAAAAGCUUAAGUAAUGUUUCCUUUUUCCAAAUGAUUCUUUUUUUUUACAGUUAUAAGAUUUUUUUAAAUGAAAUUUGAGACUUGGCCAUGAUUUUUUGAACAUUUUACUCAGUAUAAUUACUUAUACUCAUUUAUAAUUUGCUUUUAAGUUUAUCCAAUAAGCCAUUUCUUGAACUUUUUACUGAUAAUUUUAAAAUUGGGCUCCCAAAUUCCUAGAGAUGCACAUUUCAAAAUAGUUUGUGAUAUUGCUAAAUUAUAAUAAAUGUAAGUAAUUAAUCAAAUAUUUCAAGUUGAAAUAUUAUAAGAAAAAUGUAUGGCUAAUGCAGAACUGUGUUAGCAGAAAAUCUUUUUCCCCUCUUAAGGAUAUGACUUGUCUUAUUAUCAUUGUUUUUGGAUCUUGUAGAGAAAUUAGGCAGUUUGUAAUUUGUUAGUUAUAUAAAAACUAUUCAUGGUUGGAAGAUUCUACUAUUUUUGAUCAUUUGAAAAAUUAUCAAUAAAUGUUUGACAGUUGUAUGUUUCGGAAAUGUUUCUUUCAUUUUAUGCUUUCGAAUCAAGAAUGUUGGAACUAUUUCAAAGACUUUUUGUUCAAUGGAAUUCUUAAAAAUAAUUAAGAGAAGUUAAAAGUAAAAGGAAUAGUUUAAAACUUUCUAAAGAAAUUCAUUACAAGUAAAAUCAAUUGCAAAUCGUUCAAGUUUAUUCGAUUAUUGAUCUUUUUUUUAAUCAAUAAUUGAUGUUUGCGGCAUCCAAGACUAAAGGCAAGUUGGUCUAGUCCAAAAUGAAUUUUUCUGCUCUGAAUCCAGAGCUUACAUGAUUAAAUAAAUACAAAAUAUAGAGUGAGCUUGUCUGCCCUUUAUUCCUUUCUUUUAUGUUACUCACCAAGGUUGCUUUUAGCUUUUCAACAUUUCUGAUUUAUCUGUUGCAGAAUUAAUUUUCUGAAUUCCUUUUGUGUGAGAUAAAAAUGUUUGGAAAAGUUCUGGUGAGUUGAUUAUGUUUGGCAGAAAUAAUUUAUAAGAUGAAAAUGUUACUCAAAUCAUGAUUUUAUGUACAAGUAUAAUCUUUUUCUUUGUUGUUACUACUCAGAUGGCUCUGGUGUUAAAAUGAAUAUUAAAGCAUGAACUUGAAGUGUGUAUAAUUGAUUUACUCCUACUUGCUUUUUGUUUUUUUUUCUGUUAACAGUGAAAUCACACUGUAAUUCAAAGUUAAACUUUGUUUACAAAGACAAGUAAAUAUAUUUACAUCAAAUUUUCAGUUAUAAUUAUUUGGGAAGGUUCCAAUUAUUUGACUGGAGAAAGUUUGAAAGCUCAGUUUUUGUAUCUUUUAUUGUUUCUUGAUAUUGUAUAAAUGAUUCUUUAAGGCUGUAUUAAAAAUUCUUAAAAUUAAAA